UUUCAUACCCUCCAGUAAUACCGCUCGAUACCUCCCGCAAAACGACUUGGUGCUUAGCACGCUGCGUGUUCCUCGGCACCGGGACAUCAUCAACACCGGUUCCGGCCCUCCGACGUCCCGGUCUAUCCCGACUCUCGAUGACGUGUCCCGCCGACAUGUCACUGUCAACGUCCCCGACGCACAACACCGCUCGCCGCCAACCUGCCUGCCAAUGCGCCUCGCCUUCGAAUAUCCGCAAUAUACCGCCUUUUGAUUCUCCCUGGCGCACACCGCUCAUCUCACGACAGUCUCUCGCGCUCUCUAUCUUACACUAGUCACAGUGUCGGGAUGGGUCUGGAUCUGAAGGGAUGCUAUUUACGGUGUAGAGCGAGACUUUUCAAUCAUAUCUAUCUCCUCCUCCAUGCUGUGAGCACCUGCAAGCUGCAGGAUAAGUCUGACUAAGGAUAUAUCCUCUUUGCCGCACCCCUUCAUCCCGCUCCCUCGUUCGCUCGCUCUUGCCCCGCCGCUACCUCAGACCUCAUGGCUCAUGGACUCUCCAAGAAAAGCAAAGUCCGCUAUGCGCGUGGAAGCGCUCGGGCCAGUGGAAAAACUGUCUCAUCUAUUCCACUCAACAAGUCAUCAAAGCAACUCGCCGCCGCCAGGCGUUUGUAUGAGGAGCAAGUACAAGGAAUGAGCUACACUCAACGCGAAGAAAUCAUGGGCAAAGGCAUAGAAUCGGAGGAUGUGGAGAUGGGCGACGGAGAGGGUGAUUAUUGGGACGACAACGACGCUCCGAUGUACCACACCCUUCCUCCGGGAGAGGAGGGUGUUUUGCACAGUCAUGCAGGGGCAGAGGUCGUCUGGGACACUGUCGUUGAAGGCAUGCGUCCGGGCCGGGGCGAUUCACGUGCCAGGAACAGACGGAUACAGGAGAUGGUCGAUGCAUGGAACCGCCAUAUGCCGCAUCUGGUCGACGCGUACUUGGAUUGGAAGGGAGGGGCGUCUUCAGACGGAGGGACGGGACAAGGCUGGCCUCUCCGAGUUCUUGGAUUUGACGGCAUCCCGGAGUCCGGAAUCAAGCACUUCACGCAUCCACCAAGCACCAUCAGUCCAAAUGAAGCACUCCUUCAAUGCGGCUACAUUGGUGCAUCCCCGGAGCAACCAGCUAUUGCCUUCUCUAUCCGAACAUUUGAGAUAUACCGCCAGAUACACCGUGUAACACCGUGUUUCACGAUUGAUUCUCUGGCUCGGGCGCUGAAUUACUUGCACGAGGCAAUCGCGGCCACCAACGAACGCAACGAACGGGUGUGGGGUGGAUGGGCUGGGGGGCUUGGGCUAGGGCUCGGGCAGCAGAGGAUGUGGGGCGAGUGGAGGGAGGGUUUCACGGAAACAGGGGGACGACAGAUCCUGAACCAACGCGACGCCCCCAGCGGACGUAUAUACACCUCACUCCCACCUCAUCCAAUCGAAGCGAGCGUUUAUGCGCGCAAGGGCGCACAUAGGUCACUUGUCUACGUAUUAACUCUUGAAUGCAUGCCUUCUACACUGGUCUUCUAUCGCGCGCGACGCUGUGCUCUCCGCCCAGCUCUUCUCAGUCGACAACCCGGGCCGUGUACUGUCGUCCACUCUGCCUGUAACCGAGUACGCGGAGGAAGCGUUUGCCGCUCCUCCGUCACCAUCGCUACUGUCUCAAACGCUCGGGGAACGCUCGACUUCCUCUUCCACUCCUCCGACCCUCGACUCGGUAUAGCAAGCUUCUUAGGGCGUCGGAGCUUGGCGGAUCGAAACGAGACGGACUGUGCGCAUGAGCUGACCCUGGACUGUGCGCCUGACGAAUUGGGCGCGAGGAUGGAAACCGAUUUCACGCGCCUCAUCACCCCCAAUCGCGUCCCAACAGUGGAAGAACGUGCAUCCAUGCAGACCCGGCUGGAAUUCCUGCAGGGGCACCUGCAAUCGCUGAGCGCCGCUCUACUCGCGGCGUAUACGACAUUCUCUGCGCAUCGUCGGGCUGUACAGGAAUCCAUGGAAGCCCUUCGUUCAGUCAUCUCCGUAACUCAUGGACUCCCCGACGACAUCCUCUGCAAGAUCUUCCACGCAACCGUCCCUCCUGAUCCGCACAUGAGCACGAAAGAAGCACCCCGAGUCCUCGGCCGGAUCUGCUCCGGAUGGCGUUGUCUCGCAUAUUUGACAACACCCGACCUGUAGAGGAACGUCCAUGUCGUCGUCCUGGACAAGGCGCAUUUAAGCCGAGUCUGUGACGCGGUGGACGAGUGGCUAUCUCGUUCAGGCGCCUUAGGCCUAUCCGUCAGCCUAGCCGUGUCAGACGCAUGCGAGCCUGAUUCGGAUAACAUCGCGACGGUGAUUGACGUCCUAACGCGCUUCUCUACGCGCUGGCGUCGCGUGAAGCUCACUCUCUAACCGUGAGAUGAUCCACGCCAGCCUGGACGGGGCUGUGCCCCAGCGAGACCACCAGCGUGCCGAUCCUGCCACGAUCGCGGAGUGGGCGCGGUUUUUCACGGACGACGGCGUCAAGGGCAAUUCGAAUCCGAUCUAUGCGCCGUUCCGGAUAACGGACCGGUGCUACGCGUCAUCAGCAUUCGCGCCGUAUGCCUAUUCCGCGAGUGACCAGUUGUGGCGCCGGAUCUUGGGUGCGCUGCGUCGUCGUCCGAUUUCUUCCACACUCCGGACUCCAGACCGGAUACUAGUGUGUGGUUCCUGGAUGUCGAUGGUGCACGACGAGACGCUGCCCUCCGUGCCUUACACGUACACGCCGAAUUACGGCUGGGACUACGCCGGGAAUCCGAUCACUCAUACUCCCACCCCUCACUACUACUGACGUGGUGUACACGCAUACAUAUACUCAUUAUUUAAUAUUGGGAACGCAUGCAUGUCCGUGUGGGACGACAUAAGCUAGAACUGCUCCACCGUCCCCCGCCGCUCGGAAACGACAGCGACGACCUUGCUCGCCAUGUCGAACACCCCGCCACCGCGGUACGCAACGAGCUCCUCCGUGCGCGAGUCCAACCUGAGCACGCGGUCAAUGUUGGUCGACGCCAUCGCAUGCGUUGUCGCGCGAUCGAUCACCCCGGCGGACUUUACCUGCGUCAUGGACAUGUCGAAUCGGGCGCUGUGCGCGAGGUAAACCUGUUCGAUGCCGAUGCCGACGUUAAAGCCGUGUUUGAGCAGGAUGGUGAACGACAAGUCCUGCGUGAGUGGCGAGCCGGGGAUGCUUCGUGUUAGGGUCAGCGCCUGCAGGUACGUACAUACAUUGAAAUAUGUGGUCCUCACCUCCUGCGCAUCUCGAACGUCGCGGGGAACGGCUUCCCUGGGGCAAUGACGACACUGACCCCGGCCUGCGCGAUCUCCGUGGCGAGCAGGUGCGCCUCGAACGCCCAGUGAACGCCAUGCGCAGGACGCCCCCCUGUGCGCUCUUCGGCCUCACGCUUGAGAUCCAGUAGCGUCGCCAUGACAUCCGCGCUGUGCAUGAUGACCACCAGCAGGAUCGCGCCGUGUUGAGCAUGCACGGUCAGCGCGGCUGAGAGCGAGACCAAAAACCCUCACCCGAUUUUGCAAAGUACUUCUGCUGGUCCUCCGUCUUGCCGAGUCCCUGUGCGACGAGUCCGAUCCCAAAGUCGUUGUACCCGUAAUCCAGUAGUCACGAGGCGCUUCUGGUGUUGGGGCCCUCGUUCGGCGGGUUAUCGGACGUGUCGUUGACGGGGAGUUGUAGUAGAAGUCAUCGCACCAGAUGCAGUAGAAACCGGGUUAGGGUAAUGUCGAUCAGGCACCGCCUUACUUAAUUCCAAGCAGCUUGCAACGUCAUUACACGUGACUCGUCCAUAUCGACAUGCUGUUUGCGACCUUCUACUCUCGACUACAUUCGCCUGUACUGCCACACUGCUCACGUAUGGGUACCGGCUAUUCAACUGCGUGGAGUACCACAAAACGCACCCACCAUAUGAGGGCAAUGGCGACGCGUGCGCGGUACCCAUGGUCGACGCGAUUGGCGACGGUGCAGCUCGCCGGCCAGAUUUCUCGAACAUGUGGCCUCACAUCGCAGGGCGCCUCUAGCUAUCUGCGUCAUCACACGCACGCGCAGCUAUACAGUCAUCUCCCACUUGCACCGAUCGCACACCUCGCAACGACCGACUCUUGGAGACCGGCAAACAGAACCGGGAUAUAGAUUUCAGGUGCUCGGGACAGGGAAUUCGAUGCGCGAAUGGGCGGAGCGCACGGAAGUCGAUGGGGGUCGAUCUGCCGGUGCGUUUCUUCUCACCACCUACCUCUCACUGUCCGCUCUAGCUCCUGCUGUCCGCCAUCUCGAAAUAUCGCGCCGCAAGGGGCGUUCAUUGCGCAUCUCGGAACCGGACCCAGGCCUGCCUCAUCUCGCAACUUGCGACGAACGACUUUUGGCGACCGGACCAACACAAAAACCCGGAGGUGGAUGGGGGCCAAGUCCGCAGCGAAAAGUCACCUGCAUGUGCUUAAACUGCGCCCUGAAACCUGCUGAUUUUCCAGAGGUCCGACGAGGAGGUUCUCAAGGUUGCUAUCGCUCUGGGCUCGAAUCUCGGCGAUCGAUUCCAGAACAUCGAACUCGCGCUUCGUUUGCUCCAAUGUCCCGAGACCCCAAAACCGGCGCGCCACUCGACGGGCUCAGCAACGGAAGCGCGUCCUCGGAGACGAAAACGCAGCGCCGGGUGCGGGAGGAGAUCCCUGAGAUGACUUGUCUGUCCGUCAAAGGAACAGAAUCCGUCUGGCGUGAAUCGUGAACCUAAGGGUAUCUCCGCCUUCAGUCCAUCAGCCGUGUAUUGCCUUGUCAUGUCCUCAGCUCUCUGUUUCUUAAGCUUGCUCCAUACAGCUUAAUCUCAUGGUCUGGUCUCGUUUCCUUCUUCACUGUCAUUUCUUCACAGCCUGAUCGUCGUCAUCGACAAUGGACUACGACUCCUUUGAUGCGCUCGUCCAGUACCUCUUCAAGAAGGUUCGCGUUCUUGCGCGUCCCUCCCGUCCAGUUGACGCUUGGUUCAAACCUUCAGAGGAGAAUGUGUCCGCCGGUGUCUGUCUCCGCGUCGAGCCUGGCCAUUUCCGCGUGUUCCCUUAUGAAAACCCCUUCCUCAUUCUGUUUGAAGCCGCCGCCCGCAGUCUGAACCCCCUCGUCGCCAUCAAGGUCCGCAGUGCCGCCUUCCACGCGGCCCUGGCCACGUUCGGAAGACGCGACUGCCAUCUAUAUCGACCAUGACACGCGCAUCCAGAUUGUGGACAUCAUGGCCCAUCUCCCUCAAGCCAAGAAGAAGCAAUCCGGCGCAUCCUUGCGCGACGAACGAGUCCUCAUCGUUUGGUCUGAUGAUAUCGACACCAUCGUCCCGCACUGCGCCGACUUUGAGGAAAAACUGAUGAAGCUCGUCUGGCGUUUCCGGACGCAGAAUGGGAGCGCGUCGGUCAUCACCUCAGGCUCCGUCGGGGCUCCAUCAACCACUGCUUCCGACGUCAAUUUGACGGAGAAGCCCGCUCUUGGGCCGAUGACGGAAGGCGGGCUCAAUAUUGACGCCGCUGCGGCUGCGCAUGCGGAGAAGACGCAGGCGCCGCCGAAGAAGAACCGAGUAUGUGGGUGGUGGAAGUUGGGCUCGAAGAGCUCUGGGACAGCGCCUGGGGAUCCAGAGAAGCAGCAGGCGCGGAAGGAGAUGCGCCCAAUCCGGCAGUUUGCGCCGUUCCACAACGGGCUGGGUGCUGGGCUUGCUGACUUUUUCAUAGCCAGUGGUGCUGAGAUCCUCCUGGCCGAAUGGCGCCUCGAUGGCAAGUUUUCUUGCUUCGGGCUGAUUGCUACUAUGCCAUUCCUCAUCUGUGUUGUGCUGUGCGUUUUGGCUUUUAUGUACUAGGCCUUGGUUGACACUCGGCGUCAGAGUUGGCGCUGUCGCACAGUAUUAUGAAAACUCAUGAUAGUACUCUGCGAUCCGCCCUGAACCGAGUCCGGAGGUCGACGCACAGUUGCCUCUUGUCGCGGUGGAGCUUCCGGUUUAGGAGAGCCUCGAGGAAACGAUUGCACCCUCAGUCUUUUCGCUGAGAAGGCCAUGCAAACGUAUGCUCGACAGGGAGGUACUUCUGCCAUCUUCAUGCACAACGACAGUCUUCAACUCUUGAGCGGGGCCGAACGCGAGAAACGGAUUACGUUCUACACCGACAAACACAACAUUGGCUGGGUCACUCGGCCGAAACACAAGGAUUCACCCGAUGGUUUCAAGCGUGCGGUGAUUCAAGAAGACGUCUAACAUGAACUACGGGUUGGCACUAUCACUCAGGAUAGAGUCUAAGAUCCUCGAACUGGAAGCUCAAGAACGGAUGGGCCAAGUCGUCGUCGGUGAUGACGAAUGCCUCGAAGACCGGGCCCUGGCGCUUGCCAUCGAAGAGGUGUAUCAGGAGAACAGUGAGAAGUGGCGGCCCUGGGCCAGGAAUGCCCGCUCGUUGCGCGUCGGCGAGGUCAUCCUCAUUGUGAAUUCGGAUGCGAUUGUGCCUGAGGACUGCUUCCGUGACGCCCCCCGUGAACUGGCCAAGUCUCCUGAUGUCGCUAUCAUUCAGCAUGAGUCCAAUGUAAUGCAAGUCGCUCGCCACUACUUCGAAACCGAAUCACGCAAUUUACUCGACGGAUCAACAAGUGUAUCUCGAUGGGCUGCGCUAAUGGUGAAGUCGCUCCGUUCGUAGGGCACAAUGUGUUCUUGCGUUAGUCGGCAAUCCAAGAUGCUGCUUUCAUCGACUACGACGGCAAGAGGAAGAUCUGGUCCGAAAGCAACGUCUCCGAGGGCUUUGACAUGGCACUUCGCUUGCAGCUCCAGGAUUGUAGCAUUCGAUGGGCAACGUACUCAGAGGGUGGAUUCAAAGAGGGUGUAUCAUUGAGGGUGGAUGACGAGUUCAACUGGGACAGAAGCAUUCGUAUGGCUGCAACGAGCUCAUCGUUAAUCCGAUGAAGGACUGGUGGCGUAUGGGACCGGUCACAAAGCAAUCGAGGACAUUCUACUGGUCCGGUGCACCACUCCACUACAAGAUAAGCAUGUCCUACAUGUUCGAGUCAGUGGCUAUAGAGCAAUCCGGCAUUUCAUUCGAUUCCAGCAUAGAUGACAUGUUGUUCUAAGUGUAAACAAAUGAUUUAACUGACAAGCUUAUUUAUGAGUGGCUCUGUUUUCAAUACUGU